CAUUCAACAGGUUAUGAGCCCCGCGUAGUUGCGGCGGGUUGCGCUUUGUCGAGUAAAGACAAGAUAACCGAUAGGCUGUAGGCCAGUGAGCGCAAAUGAACGAUGAGGGCGGAGUCUGUGGAAAGCCGAUUAUGCUCGAGCAAAGCACGGCCCACAUUUGGCUCUCCAAGUUAAGGAUUUAUCUUAACUGGAAGGAGCUGGGUCCGGCUAUCCGUGACGACGACGCGCCGGAGGCGAAGCAGCAGAAGGCGGUCGCCCUUAUCCUGAGCCAUGUGAGGCUGUCCGACCACUUCAUCUAUGAGGAGCUGCUAGAGACCCUGGAAGCGGAGAAGAAGGCCAACCCUACUGCCAAGCAGAACGAGGCGAAGCGCCUUGUGCAAGCGCUGAUGGCAUACUACAAGAAGCUGGCGGCUGGAAAUCACCGUCAGUGGGCAGCCGACCUGGGCAGCGUCAGGCUGGGAGGGAGCGAGCAGAUUAGCGAGCUCAUCCAGCGCAUUGCUGACAUGGUGGAGAGGCUGUGUUGGUCGGGAUGCCCGGGCUACACCAACGGCGACCGCGACAGGCUCGUCGUGUCGGCAGCAUUCAAUGCUCUGCCGCAGGAGUAUGCCAGCGUUGUGGCCAUUGCAGAGGAGUUCUACACGAGCACUGGCAGGUGGAGCGUGCCGGACGCGGAGUCGAGGCUCACGCGGUUCCAGAACACCCUGACCAGCGUGCGCGGUAGCAGCAGCAGUGGCGAGCCGUCAAUUCACUUUGUGCGCGGCGUGGGAGGCGGCCGUGGUGGCCGCGGAGGGCGCGGUGUGCGCAACAAGGAGAACAUCCAGUGCCACAGGUGCCAGGGCUGGGGACACUACAAGUACGAGUGCCCAGAGCAGGCCGCUGAGGGCGGCGGUGGCAACCGGGGGCGCGGUGCACACGUUGGCCGGGACGGCGGUGACCGGCGCAUGUGGGCGGUGAACGUGGACCAGGGAAACGGCCGGGGGCGCGGCCGGGGGGUCCGCGCCUAGUAGCGUUCGUAGGAGCAGAAGAUAUGAUGUGGAGCAUAGACUAUGAUGCUAGCUCCGAUGUGAUGUGAACGGCCACGUUGGGCUGUCGGUGCGAGUAAAGCAUCGUGAGUAUGUCGGUGCGAGUAAAGCAUCGUGAGUAUGUCGGUGCAAGGAAGGCAUCGUGAGUACGAUAUGCGUGCGAGUAUGACACGCGGUGUGAGUGAAGCACCAGUAUGAGACGUGCAAGUGAAGCACGGGGUGUGAGUUAAGCACCUGGAGAUGUACGAGAGCAAAUGCAACGGAAUUGGCUUUGCGACUGUUGCACGAGUGAGGUGCACAGGUAUGUUAUGUGGCGCGUGAGGCCUGAUUACUGCGGUAUGGCCUGAUCACAGCGAGUGAGGUCUGAUCACUGCGAGUGAGACCUGAUCACUGCGCGAGACGCCAGCGGUUGAGAGUUGCUGUUAUGCUCUUAUCAUAUGAUGUUAAAAGAUCAUCUUAUGUGUAUGGCUCUCAAGCACUUGAAGCUAUGAUGCCGGUAGUGCGGCAUGAUGCGGUGUGUGAAACCGCAGGUACGGUGAAGUGAAGCCGUAAGUACAGCGGAUGCGGGAGCAUUCGGACACGGGGGAGCCGUGCAGAUAUGAUUGAGUAUGGAUUUCCGGAUGGAAUUGAUUGCGAUAGAAGACCGUAUUGAUUUGUGCUGAUUAUGGACGAUGCAGUGAGAAAGAGAAAGACGUGAUCUUGAGGACACGAGGACAUGGGACGAUUGCAGUAGCACAGUGACUACAAGCGGCAAGCGUACGAGGUAUGCAAGGAAUUGUCUGUAGCACGUGAUUUGAGGUAGGAGGCUAUUGCGAUACGUAAUUUGAGUAUGGAGUUCUGCCCGCGGGGGAGUGUUGAGAUAUCGGUCAGAACUAUCCAUAAGGGAGAACGUAGGGGAGUUCCGAGAGUGUGUGUGCGAUACACCAUGCAAGGACCUGACCCGGAACCCAUGCGAGGGUAUAAGCCAGAGAGCUACCCGUUAUAGUUAAGUAGUGUGGUACUAUGUAAUGUGCGAAACAGUCUGACUGUCAGCCGCCCCUACUUCCGGCUAGCGAUAGUCGUAAUCACCAUUCAACAGCAGUGAAGUGUCGAACGAAGUGAGAAUGAGAGACCACGGCGCUCAGAGUUCAGAGGCAUUAGAGAUCCAAAGGGUAGCACGUGCAACGCAUUUGUCUGGCGGCAGGCGAGUCUGUAGGGCGCUGUGCCGCUUAAGGGAACUUGGCGAACCGUGGCGUGUUAGGAAGGGCAACGAAGGGGUCCAUACAGCCGAGCUAGACAAGCAGUGCACGGCGUCGCACGAAGUGCACAAACUGUUGUGACUCAAAGCUACUAGUGACAGCACCCAUGAUGAGCUGAGCGAUGUUCACGGAAUGGGAGCGAAAAGGGCGAGGGGUACAGAAUGAAACGCAGCAUUUGCGAGGCAUCGGUCAAUCCGUGCGGCUGUAACGUCCAGUCGAC